AUGCAUGGUUUAGUGGAAACGACAACCCGCACGAUACGAUCAUCUAUCUUGCUGAUGCUGGCGUUGCUAGUGGUGGAGCUGUGCACCGGUCCAGUAACGGUCAUGUACGAACGGAUCGAACAGCUCAAAGGAUACGAACUAGUCGAUUCCAAAAAUAUCCGAAAGUACAACCGAACAGUAACAGCGUUAAACGGGACGUUUCAUUUAUUCCAAGCCUUGGAUGACGAUUAUUCCUUUACCGUCCAGCUAGCCUACAGCCCAUUAGGUUACAAUCAGUUCAUAAAUUCCCCCUUCCGGUUGCCGUUGCAAACGAUGUGCGAGUUUCUCAACACUACCUAUCGCGACUAUCGGGAGUUUUAUAGAAACAUAACGAACUUCCCGGACGUUGGUGAGUGCCCUAUUGAGGCAAAGCACUAUUACAUCCGAAAUAAAAUACUGGAUACAAAAUUAAUCAACGAUUGUUUCAAGCAAAGCUUGUAG